AUGGACCUGACGUCCAUUGCCAAAAUUCUCGUAGAGUCAAAACAUGGAUUGUGCCUCCUCCUGGUUUCUGCCAUAUGCGCAUCACUUGCGUUAACCCUCGCUGACCUCAUAGAAAGAAAUGCCUUGCAGUUUAGCUCUGUGGUGGAUUCCUUUCUGUUCCUUCUCGCCUCUUUUUACGCUACAGCGUUACCCAUACCUCGCAGAAGAAACUCACUAUUGACACAGGCUGUCGUGCACAGCGUCUGGUUAAUUGCCAUACUUCCGUUGUCAAACUAUUUCCGCGGUGAACUCGUUUCACGACUGAGUAUACGCUCUCACGGUGAUGUUAUGGACACACUCGAAGAACUUCACGAUUCACUUAGCCGGGAAAAAAUAAUUCCGUGCCUCCGCGUUGGCACUUUGAUUCAUCACACCGUUACAAGGAACGUAAGUUUCAUGCACUUGCACCACAAGCUUAGCUUAGCGUUCUACGCGGCGAAAGAGAGAUCGUACUUGGAGUCGGUAAGCUCAGCAGGCUGCCUGUCAUGUGCAAAACAAAAGGACCACGUGUGUUUCACAGAUAGGUUGUCACGGUGUUUUCAACACGAGGCUCGUGGAUUUAUUCAGUCUAGGGAUACUCUAAACCUAGCACUGAUUGGCAUGCCUAUUCGCAAGAACUUCGCGCUCAAGGUACCCUUUCGCAAUUUGGUACAGAGAAUACGUGAAGCAGGACUUUUCAGGGAAAGGAAAUUGUGCGUUUCACGUUCUGCCAAUAACGGUGACUCAGAUACCCUGCAGCAGUCGGAUCAAUUAGCUGAGCUUAGUCGUUUUCUAGUGAUUUUCGCUCUAUUCCUUGCUGCCUCUAGCUUCGUUUUCGUGCUUGAGCUGGUAAUAGGGAAAUUGUAG